UUGGCCUAAUUUUUUCUUUCUUUUAGGCAAUGUGGCUGGGAUACCCUGGGACUAGUGGUGCGCUUUUCAUGGAUUAUAUCAUCACUGAUCAGGAAACUUCUCCAGCUGAAGUUGCUGAGCAGUAUUCCGAGAAACUGGCUUAUAUGCCACAUACAUUCUUUAUUGGUGAUCAUGCCAAUAUGUUCCCUCACUUGAAGAAAAAAGCAGUCAUCGAUUUUAAGUCCAAUGGGCACAUUUAUGACAAUCGGAUUGUUCUGAAUGGCAUUGACCUCAAAGCAUUUCUUGAUAGUCUGCCAGAUGUGAAAAUUGUCAAGAUGAAAUGUCCUGAUGGAGGAGACAAUGGGGACAGCAGUAAUACAGCUCUUAAUAUGCCUGUUAUUCCUAUGAAUACUAUUGCAGAAGCAGUUAUUGAAAUGAUUAACAGAGGGCAAAUCCAGAUAACAAUUAAUGGAUUCAGUAUUAGCAAUGGACUAGCAACUACCCAGAUCAACAAUAAAGCUGCCACUGGAGAGGAGGUUCCUCGUACCAUUAUUGUAACCACCCGUUCCCAGUAUGGGUUACCAGAAGAUGCCAUCGUGUACUGUAAUUUUAAUCAGUUAUACAAAAUUGACCCUUCUACUCUGCAGAUGUGGGCAAACAUUCUGAAGCGGGUUCCCAAUAGUGUGCUGUGGCUGUUGCGUUUUCCAGCAGUAGGAGAACCUAAUAUCCAACAAUAUGCGCAAAACAUGGGCCUUCCCCAGAACCGUAUCAUUUUUUCACCUGUUGCUCCUAAAGAGGAGCAUGUCAGGAGAGGCCAGCUGGCUGAUGUCUGCCUGGACACUCCGCUCUGUAAUGGGCACACCACGGGGAUGGAUGUCCUCUGGGCAGGAACACCCAUGGUAACUAUGCCAGGAGAGACACUUGCUUCUCGAGUUGCAGCUUCCCAGCUCACUUGUUUAGGUUGUCUUGAGCUUAUUGCUAAAAAUAGACAAGAAUAUGAAGACAUAGCUGUGAAACUAGGAACGGAUCUAGAAUACCUGAAGAAAAUCCGUGGCAAAGUCUGGAAGCAGAGAAUAUCUAGCCCUCUGUUCAACACCAAACAAUACACAAUGGAACUAGAGCGGCUCUAUCUACAGAUGUGGGAGCAUUAUGCAGCUGGCAACAAACCUGAUCACAUGAUUAAGCCUGUUGAAGUCACUGAGUCGGCCUAAAUACUGUGUGAACAGGAGAUUACCCCUGUACCUGAGCCUCAACUUUCCAGGGAAAGGGAACUAGAGAACGUACUUUUUACUUACUGUACAGUAUCAUGUUGCAGAUGGGUGACAAAUGAUCAUAGAAUAGCACAGCCAGACUUGCUUCCUGCAUGAUAGGGAGAGACACGAGAUGGGAAACUGCUGUCCCACAAGGAAUCUCCACAGAAUUUUGCAGCAAUCAGGUGGUGCGUAGGUCUGGAAGGUCUGCUCUCCUUUGGUCUUCCAUGGGAUGGUUAGUGUGGAGGGGAGAUGGAGAUUGUCCAGCCGUUUUGUGAUUCCAUGGAUUGAUCAAGUCUUCUGAAUUAAUUUUUUCUUUAUAUUUUGGGUAUUGGAGCUUUUAAAAAUGUUUGGUUUCAGGUAUUUUUAUUCACGUGAAGUGUAUAUGAUUCUCUUGAGAUAAGGUUUUAAGCUAAAAUGUUGCCCCUUGUUUUAGUUUCUGAACUCUACAGAUUAACGGGGACUUUGCUGGUGUAGUCUUUUUAUAGGUUUUAUAAACCACUUGAGCCUAUAUCAGUCAUUUUAGUGUCUGACCUAACGUUUGGAACUAUCAGUGCUUUGUUGGUUUAGAUGAUGACUUAAACAUUUUGUUUUUCUGGUCCGUUUCCCAUUUCCUUCUCUUCCCUUCCCCCACUUUAAAAUUUCUCCUGUAACUCAGCUGACGAAACGAAGUCUGAUUUUAAACAUCCCAGAGUGUUUCUCUCAAACACGUCAUCUGGUGCCAAAUGAAAAUUCUUAGGAGUGAUCAUUAUGCAGGGCGUAGUUGUGGUACUGCCAUUGAUGAUGAUGAUAUAGAUUUUUUGGGCCUAGUUUUGACCUAUUUCACCAGUGUUUUACCUUUGACUGCCCCUCUAUGCUGCUUCCAAAAGUGAUAAUGUGUGAUAAGAUUUUUACCUUCCUUUCUCAAGUUUGUUUUUUUAAGUGAGUCCUGUUCUUCCUAUUUCUUUCAGCAGAAAUGAAAUCCCAGGUAAGUAUAAGUAUUCGCAUAUUUGAUCAGUAAGUCGCAGUUAUCUUCAGUACAUUGAAUAAUGUUCAUCAGAAAACAUAGGUAAAAAGCUGAAGGACCAGCUGUGUAAAUGAGUAAUUAUUUUUCAGACCUUCUAGGGUAUUAUAUAAUAACUGUCUUCUGGACUUGAAGUCUGUACGGAUCAGCCUCAGUGGUAGCAAACUGCACUGCUACUUGGUUUGGAGUACAAAUUAGACUUUAGCCCUCCUGGAGCUUGAGUUCUUGGUGUUAAAAACCAUAGGAAUAAAAUUCUUGAAUUUCAGCAAAGGAUCGAGGGCUUGAGGCUUAAGCCAACAUAUGAAUAUAUGUUUUGUGUUGCUGUACUGUACUUAUGCUAUCCAGUAACAGAUACUUUUUGUCUGCUAGUAGUGUUCUAGAUUAUGUCUUUCCAAAGCGCUGAGGCAGUGCACCUAUUCUGUAGUUGCAGCUGAUGCCUGAAUGUAUCCUAGUUGACAAAUUAUUGAUUACUAAGGACUUGAAUUUCUGAAAGAUUCUUACUGUUAACCAAAAUCUGAUCAAGGAGUCCCCGAUGUAAUUCUUGCCAGAAUUCCAUGGUAAUGAACUGUGUGUACCUUCUACCAAUGUAAAUCAAGAAGCAUCAGUUAGGGAUUUAAUUUAUUUUUUACCCGAUUGAACUGUCAGUUAAAGGUUGCCGGCAUGGUUGCAGAUAAACUGAUGUUUGAAAUUCACCAAACUACUUCAUGUGGAAUAGGAGAAUAUACUUCCAGUGCCCUCAAGGCUGUGGCCUUACAGCCAUUUUACAUAGCACAUCAUUCCUCCUAUAGGGAUGAACUUUUUCCUGGCACGAAAAGUAGCCGCUCUGGUUGAAGCUUUGCUUAUUGUAAUAGGCUUUUGUUUCCAGGUAACAUGUCUGUGGAAGACCUAAUUCUGAAUAGAGAUAUAGAUAUUAUUGGAAACUAAUUGUUUUUUCUAUUAUACUCCGCUUUAUCAAAAAAGUAAACAUUUAAAUUGUGCUACAGAAAUCCAGAUGUUGUCUUGCGAUCCUUAAACAAUAAAUGAAUGAUUUGCCCUU